AUGAAAAUCUAUUUCAUCCGCCAUGCUGAGACUGUCCAUAAUGUGGGACAAACUUGGGCUGGAACAACAAACUCCGCACUCACGAACCACGGCGUUUUGCAAAUUCAACGGUUGGCGGCAUUUUUCCGUUCUGCGGCUGUCAAGUUUGAGCAUGUCUUUACAUCGGAUUUGAGUCGUGCGGUGAUUACGGCCGAGGGAAUCUGCAAUCCCAAUAUAUCGGAUGCUCAGGUCAUGGUUACGCCGUUGCUGAGAGAACAGCAUUUCGGAUCUCGUGAGGGUAUUCGUAUCCACGCGGCGACAACGGCGUCACGGUCGCCGCCAACGGUCGAGCCCGAACCCGCCGAAACAGAAGAAUCAAUGCGUACACGUGCAAACAGGUUUUUAGAAGAAUAUCUGUUUCCUGUCCUGCUGAGUUAUGACGAUGAUCAGACCGAAAAGGAUUCGGCAAUCGCAAUAGUGGCACACGGUAUAAUUCUUCGCGUAUUAUGGAACUGUUUCAUGCAUGCAUUUCCGCUGGGAAAUGUAUCGUAUUCUCCUGAAGUUGAUGCGCUGUUAGCGACUCGGGGAGGGAUAUUGGUUCCUUUUUGGAGUAAUACGGGGUAUAUGGAAUUGUCCGUUAGUCGUAUGUCAACAACUCCAAGUACGAGAGUAGAAUCAUUACUAUCUGGAUGGACUAUAACGGUCCUAUCAGUCGACAACAAGACUCAUCUACGAGAUCUGCGACGCACAAGAGGUGGAAUAGGGAGUCUACAGCAUGACACCAAGCAGCGGAGCAUCGAGUCAUUCUUCAAGCGAUAG